CGGAUGGCGGCAAGCCUCGUCCUCAUGUCCAACCUCCAACUAACCUGCCUGCGUCAUACCUUCUCUACGUCCACUAUCAGAAGCAGAUCUUCGGGAGCGUAGAAAUCCAGGUCCUUAGUGACAUUACAGCGCAUUCUGCGGAAGAUUGACGAGAGGUUGCAGGAACUUGGCUCAGAGGCAGCAUCGAAAAUUCAGUAACCUCAAUGUGCAAUAUUGCAUCUAAUCGCAGGCUGCCGCAGGAGCUCUUUGACAUAAUCAUCGACAAUCUCCACUCGGACAAGGACACGCUCAAAGAGUGCUCCCUCGUCUGCAGAAGCUGGGUCCCGUCCAGUUCUUUUCAUCUCCUGCGCCGCGUGGCAUGGCCGCUGUUGCAUCACACUCGUCAUACACACGAUGAUCCCAACGUCUCGCACCAAGAUCACCAGUCUCUCUCGUCUCCGGAUCCUAUAGACACCAGCUUUCGCACCUGCCUUUCCAUCCUGAAGUCGUCUGCUCGGCUGCAAUCCUACGUCCGCGAGUUUGCACUGACAUCUCACCGUCCGCAAUGCUCCACAAUCACGGGGCGCGGAAAAUGGGAAAAGCUGGACGUAUCCACCAUCGCAGCCAUCCUGGAUCUCCUGCCCUACCUCAGAUGCCUCUUUCUUGAGCGCUGCGCCCUGAGGUCCGUGGCAUCAUCUCGCAGCGCUGAGCCAUCACAGUCUAUGCCGCUCCUCCACGGGCCGCGUCGCGACCUCGAGGAGCUCUCCCUUUGCGAGCUGACACGUGGGUCAACCGUCGAGCCUCUCGACGACUUGCUAUCGUUCUUUCAGCACAUCGGCAAGCUGACUGUUGACCGCAUCCCCCACUGGCCCCUCCCUAGAUCAUCCUUUCCUCGUCCACUUCCCGCUCUGAGUGUCGAGACCCUGGUACUCAAGAACGCGAGCGCAGGUGCUGUAGCUACUGCACUUUGUCACGAGCUGAAAACACACCAAAACCUCAGUGCAGUGCGCGAGCUGACUGUUGAUCGUCUGACACCAGGGCUCCUCGACUUCAUCUGCGCCGCGCCGAACUUAGAGUCGCUUGCCUUUGUCGCCGACGCAUACCAGUCGCCGAUCAACCCCGGCGUGCAUCGUGCCAGCCUGCGCAGGAUCACUUUCAUCACGUCCUUCGAGUUCGGGACCGACUACGGUUACUAUACGUCCACCUUCCGCUCGAUCGCAGCACACAUACAGGCUCUCUCUGCCUUCGGCAGCAUCUCCGAGAUCGCCAUUGAGUUCCAGGUCCAGGUUCAGGACGCGCUGAUCGAGAACCCGGAGUUCGACCUCCUCGCCAUCCUGCAGCGGGCGCUGUCCCCCUUCGGGGAAUGGCAAGCCAUCCGCGAGGCUCUGAAGAGCUACGAUUCGCUCCAGACUCUCGCGUUUCAUGUCCACGAUCUCGCAACGCUCAGCCAUGACUGCGUCUCAAUCUUGAGCGCGGCAGCUGCCCGCCAUCUACCCCCAAAAUACGUCGACAUGCUGCGCAUCAUGUACGUCUAGAAGCAUGAGGUGUGUGCGCU